AUGGAAACUCCUUGUUAUAACCCCUACAAAGUAAGUGAACGUCCAAAGCUUGAUUGUGAGAAAAGAAGAAAAACAGAACGGGAAAGAGCCUACAUUGCACCACCAGCCUUCAACAACAAAUCCAAUGGGCCAAUACUCCACCACUACGCCAUACAAACCCAGUAUCUCCCCACCGUCUACCAUCUCAAAUCUAGGAAGAAGGAGACAAGUUUCAAGGUGGGUCAGGAUAACCAUAUAGAUAGAAACAGUCUCGAGAAUUGGGCUGGAAGCUCUAAGCAAUGA